CUUUGUAGUCAAAACUAUCACAAACUCAUAAUAAAUUCUGCUAUUUCACAAUACUGCACCAACCUACAUGACUGAAUGUUUGGAGGUAUCAGGUGACAGAAAAACAAGACUGUGCAGGUGAUGAUUGAGGCUCCUCCCCUUCACAGAUACCAGGUAUAAAGAACAGUUCAGAAAGAAUGAAAGUUGAAACUCAAACAAAGAAAUUCAGACCAGCAAAUCUGCAAUGAAAGCAAAACACAUGCAGUCUGAAGAACAACUUAAUGCAUCCAAGACCUGGUUUUUCUAUCUCUGCGAUGCUGUUGCACAUGGUUUACGGUUGAGGACACCUAAGACCAACACUUCAUUCAAUGGUGAUCUGGAAGAAAGAGAGACUGAACCAAAAGGUGAGCUCCGGAUUGUCCUGCUUGGAAAGACAGGGAUUGGGAAAAGUGCAACAGGAAACACCAUCCUGGGAGAAAAAGUCUUUGAAUCAAUUGGUUUAGCUUCAUCUGUCACUAAAGAAUGUAAAAAAGAAUUUAGGAUUAUUAAUGGAAGGAAAAUUUCAAUUAUUGACACACCUGGUCUUUUUGACACAGGUAUGGACAAAGAAGAGGUAGAGCAACUGAUUAAGUUGUGUAUAUCUUAUUCUGCCCCAGGUCCACAUGCCUUUCUAAUUGUUGUUAAACCAGAAAGAUUCACAGAAGAAAAUGCAAAAACAAUACAAUUAAUUGAGAGAAUAUUUGGUGAAGAGGCAAGAGAUUAUACUAUGGCACUGUUCACUCAUGGAGAUCAACUAGAGCAGGACAUUAAGACAUUUAUCUGCAGUAAUUCCGCAUUACGAGCAUUUGUCAGGAACUGUGUGGGACGCUAUUUUGUGAUUGACAAUAAGAAGCAGGAUUCAGCACAGGUUAUGCAGCUGCUGGACAAGAUUGAUGAAAUGGUUAGUGAUAACUGUGGUGAAUACUACACCAAUGACAUGCUUCAGGAGGCAGAGAGAGCAAUUGAGGAGGAGAAACAAAGAAUCCUGAAAGAGAAUGAAGAGGAACGAAAGAGAGAAGAGGCGGCUCUAGAGGAGGAUAUACGUCUAAAUACUAAAAACAAAGAACUAGAAAAGCAACUAGAGAAAAUGAAAAAGGAGUUAGCAGAGAUCCAUGAGAGACAGGCAAGGAUUCAAGCUGAGAAUGACAAUUUGUUCAUCCGUUAUCAUCCACUUAAAUUUCUUGUGGAUUUUUUCACAUUUUGGUUUUUAAAAUAAACAUUUAGUUUUGUUUUAUUAUCCCUCACUAACAUAUAUCUCAGAACUUAAGAAGGCAACAAUUUUGUUUAGUUGACACCUCUGUCACAGCAAUUAUCCACUUCCACUGACAUUUCAAAUCAGUUUCAGUGUAAAAAUGACAGUGAGUUUUACAUUCAGUCCUUUUUUAAUUCAUGACAUUUUCAUAAAUAACAACUCACUGAUAAUUAUGCUGUUCCCCAGAACUAAUAUGGGUAAUCAUAAGUUCUUUGCUUUUGAAAGACUUUUAGAAAGAAACAAAUCACAGUAAAGUGACACAUGGACCUACAAAUUGUAAAACUGCAUUUCCUCUAACCUGCAAUAAUACAAUAAAACUCACUAAUCUGGAGAGAAGAUCUCCAAGAAAGAGCAUGAACACCCCUUCCCCAAACUUAUCUAUGAGCCCCCUCUCUCUACUCCUGUCCAUUCACUUAUACUGAAAAUUCCAACACGAUCACAUGAGAAUGCGUAUCAAUAGUACGA